AUGCUGCUACAUGACUCUGUGUAGAUGGUUCACUUCUGGUAGAGCCAGGCUGGAAGAUGUUGAUGGUGGAAGAGCGUGAGGUGGCUCUAUGAUCCGACAUGGACACACGUGACAUCCACUACUGCGGCGCAGUCUUUUACGAACUGUUGAUACGCCACCCGUCUUCAAGUCAUUCGAUGCCAUGAUUGGAUCCCCACCACGGAAUCUGCUCAACCUGCUCAUGCGACCAUCUACUAAGUACCUCCCUACUUAUCUCCUUUUGUGUUGACUUGGCCGAGUUUCCCAUGGCUCUGGUGAGGGCUCAACCUCGAAAUCGACCGCCAUGCCCUCGACGGCAUUGAAGAAGGCCUCUCAGCCGCUAGGGUACAACCUGCGGCAGUGUUGUGCUUGCAACUCGUCUUCCCCUCGCAAGAGGUUCAAAGCCGAAUCGCCCGCACAUGUGAGAAGUUAUGCCGACGUCAAAUCCAAAGCAUACGAGUUUCGAGACAACAUGAAUUGGCCUUGUCGUGCCGUGCCCUUCACCCCUUCUCCGUACGAUAUCUUCGACCUUCCCAAGAACGGGAUCUACUCAAAGCACAAGUUCUACGAGCUGGUCAAGAUCUACCAUCCGGAUCGAACCGGCCAUGGUUGUGAUUUACCGCAUGUGGAGCGGCUGGAAAGAUACAGGCUAGUGGUGCAGGCACACGAGAUUCUGUCGGACCCAGUAAAGAGAAGGGCUUUUGAUGCAUCAGGCAUGGGCUGGGGUGAAAAGGGCCGCACGGCAUCCAGACAUAGCAAAGGUUUCCACAAUGCUGCAGGAAAGCAAUAUGGUCAAGGACCUGACGAUGAUUCGACGAUUUUCAAAAAUGCCACUUGGGAAGACUGGGAGCGUUGGUAUCAACAACAAGACGGCUCCCAAAAACAACAGUACAGCGGUAUCUUUCUGCACCCCAACGCAUUCGCUUCUUUUGUCAUCUUCCUCGCCGUUCUCUCGGGGGUCUUGCAAGCCACACGGGCAGGACAAUACUCGGGGGCCUUGGAAGAGAAAGCCAAAACCUUCACGGCCGAGACCAGCAGAUUUUUGACAUCUAGACAGCACCAUCUGGAACAAAACCAAUAUAGCCCCGAUGGCAGAGUGAGGCACUUUCUGCAGAAGCGUGAUCCAUCAAAGUCCGGACUGAAAGAAGGAGAAGAAGAGGUGUAUCGACAAUAUUUUCCAGAGGCUACAGAGCAACCUGGAUCACAAGGGCGAAUUUCUGCGAACGGAGAAGACUGAUUUGAUUUUGCCAUGAUAAAUGCUUCUCUGCUCCUUCAUUGCACAUACUUACUGCAACCGACAUACUCUUCAGUACUACAUACUUACUAGGUACUCCCCUUCUUGUACAGCGUGGCUAAGAUGCCACGGAUGCCAGAUUUAUGACGUACGACAAUGACAAGUUUUCAUUAUGCUGUGUAAAUAAAAAAGCGUGCAAGGCUCAACGUCAAGUCUUGGUCAGUGGAAAUGAUGUUCUUCUCAACUCUUAAGAGCUUCAUGCUAUAUACUAAUGUACAUAUGGGUAGUAGGCCAC